CGCCCUCAAGUUCGUGGUGCUGCAGGGGCAGGGUCGCAGGGCGCAAUUACGAAGGAAACUGCGAAAGCUAAUAACGCAGGAGACGUUGUAGUCUGUAUCACCGGGGCUUUGCUGUUCGUAAGUAUUUGCAUCAUUGGGCAGAGUUGGCUUCAUUUGGCUGAGGUUCAGAGGAGUAUUAAAUCGAUCUUCUAAAUCUCAAAGCCAAGAAAAAUAGAACGUUAAAUAAAUUUUUAGGGUUUCUAGUUUUCAUGGCUUCUCAUUCGCAUCUGGACGAUGAGGAUGAUUUCGGUGGCGAUUAUCCCGGAACUCAUAGCAGGCGUUCAGGGAACAAGAGGAGUUUCGGUGAUCUUGACGACGACGAAGAUGAUUUUUUUGGGUCCAAAAAGGGAAAUUCCAAAUUAGAAGAAACUGCACCUGGUGUGGCCACAGGAAUGAUUUUAUCCCUUCGCGAAAGUCUACAAAGCUGUAAGGAUACACUCGCAACGUGCCAGACGGAGCUUGAAGCAGCAAAAUCAGAGAUUCAAAAGUGGCAUUCCGCAUUUCAGAAUGAACCUGCUAUUCCAGCCGGAACAUCUCCAGAACCUGGAUUAGUGGUUAGCUAUCUUCAUACCCUAAAAGCCUCUGAAGAGUCAUUCAAAGAUCAGCUUGAAAAGGCAAAGAAAAAGGAAGCUGCAUUCAUUGUAACGUUUGCGAAACGUGAGCAGGAGAUCGCAGAAUUGAAGUAUGCAGUUCGUGAUCUGAGGGCACAAUUGAAGCCACCAUCAAUGCAGGCAAGGAGAUUAUUACUUGAUCCAGCUAUACAUGAGGAGUUUACACGUUUAAAGAAUUUGGUCGAGGAGAAGGAGAAGAAAGUGAAAGAGUUGCAGGAUAAUGUUGCUGCUGUAAAUUUUACGCCACAAAGUAAGAUGGGGAAGAUGCUAAUGGCCAAAUGUAGGACUCUACAGGAGGAGAAUGAGGAGAUUGGAACGAUGGCUUCUGAGGGAAAGAUCCAUGAGUUAUCAAUGAAACUUGCUUUGCAGAAAUCCCAAAAUGCUGAAAUCCGAAGCCAAUUUGAAGGAUUAUAUAACCAGAUGGAAGGAUUGACAAAUGACAUGGAAAAAUCUAAUGAAAUGGUGCUUAUUUUACAACAAAAAAUAGAAGAGAAGGAUUCCGAGGUUCGAAGACUGAGGGAUGAACUGUCCCAUAAAGAACCGGCGGUAGAGGAUAAUGUUGAGGCUGCUGGUGAUAAGAAAGUGAGUGAUGUUAAUUCUGGCGAAGCUGGAAAUUGAGAUUUACAUGUAGCAAUAGGAACUGAUUAGUUUUAUGUUGUACAUUUGAAAUUUUGCCUGAAUUGUGCUCUAUUACCUUCAUUGCAAACUUUUUUAGAAUAAAUCUGAGCUUGCGUUCCCCAAUCAAUUGUUGUGGAAUCAC